UAAAACACCCCAUUGUUAGCCCUUAUUGCAGUACCGUUUAUGACCGCUGGAUAGCGUAGCUGUACGGAUCCUUGACCCCGCACGACACCAAAGCCAGCCUCGUUCUCGGGUUCACCCCAUGACCCCAGUCUGUCUCCAUCAUGGCGUCUGGGAGGAACGGUGUGCCGCUUGUUUGACAAAUGUUUUAGCCCGCUGACAGCUCCUGCUGAGUUCUUCCCCUCCAUCGGACGGACUAACGUUUGCGGGAACGUGACAGCUACGACAGGACGGCGUGAGAGCGGCGAAAUCCGGACGGUUUGGGUGAAAAUCGGGCGCCAACAUGUAACGGACCCCGCCAGCCAACAUCAAGCAUUCUGAUCAGGGCUAUAUUCUGUGCAUAGCGAAUCCAAACACUGGGGAGUACUUUGUCAAUUUUGACAGCUCGCAAACAAAGCGUUAUUCCUGUCGGGACGUGCAGGGUCGGCUUGAGUUCCCCGGCAGGGCGAGAAGGAGACUCCAGCGGCUUAGGCCGAGACGCUAGCCGGCAGGGAUGGAGUUGUACGUGCUCGAGCACCGCUUGCAGGUGGGGAGCAUCCCGCGGGGCGCCAUCGCCCCUUUCACGCACGGGCUGGUCAAACUCAUCCUCCUGCGGGACAAGACCAAGUGCAAGUUCCUCAGCCUGACCAGAACCGCCGACGAGUACUCCAUCAUCAUCGACCAGGAGGGUUUGAAGGAACUGGAGCCGCUGAGCGACCAGCUGAGCCUGGUGAACAGCGUGUGGUACGCGCAGAACGUCUCGGCCGGCGCCCUGGGGAGCGGCCCGGGCAAGGCUUCCGGGAUCACCAAGAUCGCCAAGGCGCUGAUCCUGCCGCUAGCCGAGGCGCAGGUCCCGGUCUUCGUCAUGUCCACCUACCAGACGGACUUUAUCCUGGUCCAGGAGAAGGAUCUCGACACGUCUAUCGAGUGCUUACGGUCACACUUCAAGAUCUUCCGGGAGGUGGAGGGCGAGACCAUCGAGGUGCCGAACAGCGGCUCCAAGGGCGAGACCACGCCCACCCGUGGGGAGGCCAACAGCCGGGAGAUCGGCCACCCUUUAGUGGCCCCUCCCACCCGCUUCUCUGUCACUAGCCUGGACCCAGACACCCUCCCUAAGGUUGCCACCAUCCUUCUGGACAUCUUAUUUUACGCCGACCCCUCCCCGGACGGGAGCGGCCGACUUUUCUCCUUCUCCAUCAUCGACGGCGACAUCAGCCUCGUCAUGGAUACGGAAACCUUGACUCGAUUCCCUAGCAACGCCCUGUUUACCUCGGCAACGGGCGAGUGUUGGAAGAUGAUCAAAAACGGGGCGGUGCCGCUAGGGUUCGACGAGUGUGGGAUUGUAGCGCAGGUGUCUGAGCCCCUAGCGGAGGCCGACAUCUCCAUGUACUACAUCAGUACGUACCGCUACGACCACACGUUAGUGCCCGAGGAGGAAAUGGACGGAGUGGUAAAGGUUCUAUUAAGUAGGAAAGCUAAAAUCAACGGGGCGGCAGCGGCAGAAGCAGCAGCGUCAUCCGAGGGUAAGGAAGAGGAAGGAGGAGGUGAGGGUGGAAAGGACAAGACGCAAUCAAGUAGUACAGAAGGGAUGGAUUGUAGCGAACCACCGUCGUCGUCUGCGGCACAGCCAGUAGAAGGAGAAGAAACGAUGGAACAAGACCCCACGACAAGCGAACCCGCCAAGACUUACUACUGAGCAACUUGAUAGUCAAGCGUUGCCCCUCCCCAAUGUGAGUAAAAAAAGGGUCCACAAGGAUUUUACCUAAUACCAGCUUCAGCUUCCCCCCACCCCCCUCCCUCCCAUAUAGAGAAAUGACACACUUUAAAUCACAUAACACAAAAGCUUGCCUACCGCAGGGUCAAGCCAAGGCAGGAAACAGGCAUGUUACCCAUUUCCAGGGCACCAGGGGGUCAGUGGGGCAAACUGACCCACUGCUUGCUUCAUUAGAUUACGGCCCACUUCACAGGUAGUUGCUAAACGUUCCUGGAAAUGGGCUGCUCCGCCCCAGCAGUAGAGUGUAGGAUCCAAAAAUCACACCUGGUAAGGACUGUACCACUCUGUUAUAGGGGUGUGAGGGAUCGUGAUAGAAAGAGAAGAUUUGAAAAGUGUUGGUUGGUUGGUUAUAGAGAGUUUUAAUCUGUUGUGAGAUUUGACAUGUUUCAGAAUUCAGUGAACAGUCUUGGAGCUAACAUGUAUUUUGACAAGUGUUUUCCUCAAAGAAAAGAGAAGGAAUGUGUUGCUGCUAUCUGUAUGUGGGCUCCAUUUCAGCAUAUAUUCAAUCCUCCCAAAAAGCUUGCCACGGCACUACAUCCAGUAUCACUGUACCAAAUGCUUCAGCAUAUAUAACUAAACUACACUUACAAAUAGAAUGUAAAAUCCUAGAAGUUAAAAGGAAUACAUUUCAGAUCAAUCUAAAUAACAAA